AUGGAAACCACGCAGGGCUCCUCACCUUCACCGGCAGCACCUGCCUCGCGGCAGGUGUCGGUCGUGCAGGAGACAGCAACCGGCGUACCACCUCAGAACCGCCCACAUAACACAAACACAGACACACCUCCUGCCUCCAGCUCUCACCCUCCUGUUCCAGAUCCCAAUCCCAAUCCCACUCCCGGUUCCACCUCUGAACGCUACAUCAACACUUACCUCUCGGAAAACGACGAGAACCAGUACAACUACUCCUACUCUGACGAGGAGAACUUGGACACAUCCUCUAUUUGCUCCUUUGAAGAGGAAGAGGACGGCAACUGGGAACGAGACCCAGACGAAGACGCCAUGGCCGGCUCACGACGCCCCCACAACCAACGCCGUCGUACCCAGACGGACCUGACUGGCGUCCUCACCAUCGAUGAAAAGGAUGAGCUCAUCAGUCUAGUGAGCAACAUCUUGGACAGCAUGCAGGACCAGAUCAGCAACAUCUUUCACUCCCCUCCCAUCACUCCCGCCACAACCGAGGACCCUCAACACUCGUGGCUGUCUCUUUCGCUGCUCAAGAACAAGGCGAGCGCCAUCUCCCAGUCGCAAAGCACCGCAAACAAAGAAAACACCCGCCCCUCUUCAUCUUCGGCCCAGCAGGAUGCCGGAAAGACGUACAAGAAAGCCCACGACAUCGUCGAGAAGGAGGAAAAGGAGGCUAUGACGCCUCAGCUCCAGGAGCUCAAGAAAGAAUGCCUUGUCGUCUUCCAGAAGUGGCAGGGCAACGUCCUGACCCGCGCCAAGGACAUCUCCGUCAAGGACCCCGAGGCCUCCUCAGCUGGCCCCGCUGGCCGUGGUGGCCGUGGUGGUCGUGGAACCCGCGGCGGUCGCGGCGAUCGUGGUACGCCUCAGGGAGGCCGUGGCACCCCGCGCGGACGUGGUGGUAGAGGCGGUCCCCUCAGUGUCAAGACUGGAGCUGCACGCCAGCCUUCUGAGGUCGAUCCUUGGCUGGCUCGACGCUUCCCUCCCACUGCCACGCCCCUGGCUUCUCUCCCCGUCGAGCGACGCAAGUUGCUGCUUCACACCGUCCUCCUGCUCUUGCUGUCGUUGGAGCAGUACACGUCUUUCUCCCGCGUCUUCAUGCUGAAGCUGACAUCGUCGCUCCACCUCACCCUUCGCAUGUUCCAGGAGGAUGAGGUUCGCGUUGCCAGGGGUCUCGGCAAGACUGUCCAAGAAGUCAACGCUGACGAGGUUGUGGAGGACAAGUCGGCCGAGAACAAGUCGUCUAGACGGUGGAAGGUUGGGCUGGCCGGUGCUGCCGGCGCUGCCGUGAUCGGUAUCACCGGUGGUCUUGCCGCUCCGUUGGUCGCUGCUGGCAUCGGCUCAGUCAUGGGAGGCGUUGGACUCGGUUCCACGGCGGCCGCUGGUUUACUGGGGACUCUUGCCCAGAGUGGUGUUGUUGUCGGCAGCUUGUUCGGCAUUUAUGGUGCACGCCAGACAUCCAAGAUGAUGGACCAGUAUGCCAGAGAUGUCGCCGACUUCGCCUUCCUGCCUCUACAUGGCGAGAUGAAGGAAGAAUACCGCGACGCCAAGGAGAUCGCUCCCAAGGAUCGACGCCUGCGCGUUGUCCUCGCACUUAGUGGCUGGUUGACCCAAAAAGAAGACGUGAUCAACCCCUGGCGUUGCAUCGGUCACCAAGGCGAGGUGUAUGCUGUGCGAUGGGAGGUUGCGAACCUCAUGAACAUGGGCAACUCGCUCGAGACUGUCAUCAAGAGUACCGCCUGGAGUGUAGCCAAGAAGGAAAUCGUCACGCGCACCAUUUUUGCCAGUCUUAUGUCGGCCAUGUGGCCCAUCGGCCUCCUUAAGGUCAGCAAGGUCAUUGACAACCCGUGGAGCGUUGGGAUGGUCCGAGCCGAGAAGGUUGGCAUGAUAUUGGCCGAGGCCAUCAGCCGAAAAGUGCAGGGCGAUCGCCCCGUCAGCUUGAUCGGCUACAGCUUGGCCGCCCGAGCCAUCUACACUUGCUUGAUGGUGCUUGCGGAACGUCGCCAGUUCGGCCUCAUCGAGUCGGUCGUAAUGAUCGGCACUCCGGCGCCAUCCGAGAGCCGUGUCUGGCUCGCGUUGAAGAGUGUCGUCGCAGGCAGGCUCGUCAAUGUAUACUCUGAAAACGAUUACAUCCUCGGCUUCCUGUACCGUACCUCCAAUCUCCAAUUUGGAGUUGCCGGACUGCAGCCAAUUCAGGGUGCCGAGGGCGUGGAGAAUUACGAUGUGAGCAGCAUGGUUAGCGGCCACCUGAGAUACCAGUACAUGGUUGGCACCAUCCUCAAGAACAUCGGCUGGGAGGAUCUCGAUUAUGCGCAGGUCGAAAAGGACGAAAGAGUCCUGGGUCUCAUGGACGAGAAGUACGGUCGCGACAAGAGUCAGAAGCCAGCCUACGUCGAUAUGGACAAGGAAGCCGAGCACAUCCAGGAGGAGGUCAAGCACAAGAACGACUCCAAGCUCGAUACGAGAAUGAGCAAGAUGAAGAUCCAGAAUUAG